GGAUCCUAUGAUGCACAAACAUCAUCAUUGCUGCAAGUGCCCAGAGUGUUACGAGGCAUCCCGAAUGUCUGCCCUGCGCAGGAUGGAGCCCCCGACCUAUGGAGAGUGGCAGCAUGAGCAGUACUCGGGCGGCUAUGGGGGGUACAGCUCCCAGACCCUCCCGACGCAGCCCGCGGUCACCCCGACCGCCCGAGGGAAAGCCAAGCUGGUCCCCGCCACCCGGGAGAACCUCACCCCGACCUUGAAAGGGCCCCCCAAAAGCGCCACCCCGAAAAUGAACGGCAGCGGACCCAACUGGUGGCCCGAGUGCACCUGCACCAACCGCGAGUGGUAUGAGCAGGCUGGAGCCGCCCCCAUGCUGGUGAACGCAGAGUGCCUGGACCCCGGCACAUCGGUCAAUGGCAGCGAUGCAUUAUACAAAUACGAAGAGAUUGUAUUAGAGAGGGGAAAUUCCGGCCUGGGAUUCAGCAUUGCUGGAGGAAUUGAUAAUCCGCAUGUCCCUGAUGAUCCUGGAAUAUUCAUCACGAAGAUCAUCCCUGGAGGGGCGGCGGCCAUGGAUGGAAGAUUAAUGGUGACGGACUGCGUGCUGCGGGUCAAUGAUGUGGAUGUCACGGAAGUCGUCCAUAGUAAAGCAGUGGAGGCUCUGAAGGAGGCCGGCCCAGUAGUGAGGCUCCUAGUCCGGCGCAGACAAAGUCCUCCAGAGACCAUCCUGGAGGUUAAUCUACUAAAAGGUCCUAAAGGUCAGUAUGGGGAACGCUGUGAAUGGGACGAGCAAACAGGUGUCUGUUCCUUGGACUGGCCGUCCGGAACGCUGCUGACCUGGCUAAAACCCAGCACCGACAUCCACAACUGUGGUCACAGCAGCCUGUGCUGCACUCGAUAUUGGUCUGUCCCUCCUGGUUCUCCUCCACACCGCCCGGAGUCCACAUCCUCCCAGCGGCAUCACGGACAGAGCCAACUCUCUCCGCUCACAUCAUUCCCUUCCGAUGGAUGA